UCUUGACUUUUAGAUUUUCUCAUUAUUUUACCUUUUGAAAUUAAAAAAAUUUCUAUUUUAUUAUCGACUACUUACUUUGGAACGGUUCGGUGAAAAGUCCUCGCAGAUCGCAGCAGACGCUUGUUAUUUUUAGUAGGAAGUGUCAAAGUCGAAUUGGUGCAAAGACGUUGAUGACUGUAUACGAAAAACGGAAAUCUCUGUCUUGUUAUCGAUAUUCUCUCUUGUAUAAGCCGUAGAUCGAAAGGAGAAUGCGUCGCUGACACACUUGUUAAUCCUUAUACUCAACACAACCUUAAAACAUUAUGCCUGGACUGGUUGCCUUUGGUCGAAGAUGGGAAGUUGCAUCGGAUGAUUUAGUUUUUCCAUGUCUUGUGGAGAGCUUCAUGCGAAUGAUUUGGUUUAUUGUCACUGUUGUUAUAUGGAUGUACCAUGCCCCUUACCUAAACUGUGAGGAUGGGCAAAUGUUACAGAUGUACCUUGGUGGUGUGCUUUUUAUUUUGGUCAUCAUCUUGAUGGCCAACGCCUUCCUCAUCAAGCACAGCAUGAGAGGAGCCAUCAUGGAUGUAAGGGCCAGGAAAAAUGUCCCUACUAUUCUAUACAUCAGAAUAAUUUUAGGUGUUCCAGAAAUGGCUUGGACAGUUGUUGGAUCAGUAGGAGUGUUUAGCACCAAAGACAGUUGCAUCACAUCAGAAAUGACUCUUCGCGUAGUGCAAGGAUUAGUCAUCUUUAACUGGAUCUUGGUUGUCCUCUUCUUUAUUGGGGUGAUGAUGGUCUUUGAUCCUUUGGGGCAUCAUCACACCGCCAUCAUCAGCAGCGAAACCGUCGACAUUGUCGAUGCCCGUUCGCCAUUCGAAGUUGGUUUCGAGCAGAGAACGAGAAUAUGGGAAUGGCGCUGCAAAUUUCUCUGUUGCUCAUGCUGUUCAAGUGCGUGCUGUUCACGUUCAGGUGACAACGCAAGUGUCAACGACGCUUUCGGUGACGUGGCCGAAGUGCUGACUACUCUUUUCCACGACCUGGAUCUGGUCCCAUCUGACAUCGCAGCUGGCCUUCUGCUGCUCCACUUGCGAACGAAGCGCGGGCGGGAGGAGCUGCGCCUUCGUCGGAUGAGUCAAGUCCGGCGCCCCAUCACCGAAGCGCCACGUUCGUCUGCCAAUAACGUUCUGACUUCCAGUCCGACGGCCGACGCGGCGUCCCGAGCCGAAUUCAGCCCUUCGGCCUUGUCCGUCCCGCCUUCGGCGGCCUGCAGUCCCAAUGUCGUCACUGGAACUCUCCAUCAUCUGGGAAGCAUCAUGGAGGAGUCUCCGUUAGCCGUCCACCGCUCCCACGAAGCUUACGACUGGAUGAAUCCAUUCACGGCUCACAUUUACAUGAAAUACGCACUGGGAUCCUACGGCUGGAUGUGGUAUCUGGCAGGAGGUUGCUGGGAGGGUCUCUGCACUCUCAAAAAGGAGCUCGUUUGUUUCUCUUGCGUUCGACGACGUUCUUCAAGGCAAAUGGAUGAUAAUUGUUGCCACUGUAAUUUGGCGGCUCUCAAAACGGUGACCCAACUUCAAGAAAAGGACAUUAUUUGUGUUUCGUUUCACAAUAGUAUUUACGAAGUUCCUUACUUUGUCGCAUUAGACCACCAAACAUCGUCGAUUGUGGUGGCUAUCCGAGGAACGCUGUCGGGCCACGACGCUCUAACGGAUCUGGCCGCCAUGACUGAUCCGAUUUCAGUCGAAGGACUACCUGUUGGUUGGACCGCCCAUCGGGGCAUGUUGCAGUCGGCCAACUUUGUCCUGCGUCAACUCGAGAGCAAAGAAAUCCUGAAACAGACUUUUGCCCAGUAUCCAAACUACCACCUCGUUAUCACGGGUCACUCUUUGGGUGCUGGAGCAGCGGUGUUGCUCUCGAUUUUGCUCAAACCUUCUUACCCGAAAGUGCGCUGUUUCUCCUUUUCCCCGCCUGGCGGACUCCUUUCCAUGGCUGCUGCCCGUUUCACAGAGACUUUCUGUAUGUCCGUCAUAAUUGGUGAUGACCUGGUACCUCGACUCAGUCUGGCCACGUUAGAUUCACUCAAACGACAGAUGAUUGCCGAACUAGAAGGUUGUCGCCAUCCAAAGUACCGCAUUUUCCUUCGUGGCUGUUGGGAGGUCGUCUUUGGAAGGGCCAACAAUUACCACCAACCUGAAACUACUCAUCCGCUCCUUAGCGAGACGCCGAACAAUAAUUUGUCCUAUCAGGACUCGUUUAGCGAACAACAACAACCACCACCUCGUUUUCAAUCACCCACUAAUCGCUCAUGUUCAGUCGAUGUCACCCAACAAUUGUACCUGCCAGGCCGGAUUUUGCAAGUGGAAGAACGGGAACCUGUUGAUUCGGGAACCUACAUGCAUCCGACCAUGUAUGAGGCGCGCUGGAUGCAGCGUGAGGACUACAACCAGAUUUUGGUUACUCCGCGGAUGUUGAAGGACCACACGCCGGAUUCAGUUUGCCGAAUUCUUCGAGGCUUGUCCAACCAGUACGAAUCUUCCUUGAGUGCCGUCGAAACACACGAGGCUUGAACGGCCCACGUGUACAACUGCACCUACGUCAUCCGGGUUAACCUUCUGUCCACCUUGAAUUAAGCUACCGUAAUUUAGUCACCUUUUCCUUUGAAAAUUGUGUUGAACCAUUCCAAUUAUUGUUGUUAUCUCAUUACUAAUUUGUCAAUGUCCAAAAUAGUCUUAAUUGCCUUCACUAGUUUAUUUUUUUUUGUAAAGAUAUGAUAUGCUACCAGAUGUACGUUAUCUGGUACAUGGGUUAUCAUAGAUCUGAAUCUACUAUAUAUAACAUGAAAUAUGCCUUUUUUUCCUUCCAGCUUUUAAAAAUCGGGCUUACGUAGCAAAAACUUUAACCUGUCUAUUUUUGUUUGAAAAACAGGGUUCAAGACUGUGCUAGACUUUGUUAUAAUUGCCAAAUGAUCCUGUCAAUAUAAAAUGAAUCUAUUCGCUGGGA